AUGGUUCUGACCUGGUGCCACCCUCAGGAGAGGCAGCCGCUGGGGUGUGGAGAACCACCUUUGCUCUCCCUCCCAAAUACGGGUCCAGGCACCAUCUUUUCCCCCUCUGAGAAGAUGGGGGCGGCACUGGAAGCACCACCCAAGACGGACUGGUCCGAGCCCUGGCUGGUGGGGCUGGCGUUUUUCCACAUCUUCUGUUUCUUCCUAACGUGCAUCUCUUUCCAGCACUACCGGGUGCAAAUAGGGCACUUCCUCUGCAUGGUGGGCUUAGUGUACUGUGCUGAAUAUAUAAAUGAAUUAGCAGCCAUGAAUUGGAGGCUGUUUUCUAAAUACCAAUACUUUGAUUCAAGAGGAAUGUUUAUUUCACUAGUAUUUUCAGCACCACUGCUGGUGAAUACUAUUGUAAUUGUGGUCACCUGGGUUUACAGAACUUUGAAUGUAAUGACUGAACUGAAGACACUACAGCAGAGGAUGAAAGCAGGAAAAGAGAAAAAGAAGUGAAAGCACCUAACUCUGAUUUUUUUUUUUUAUUGUAAUAAUACUUGUCCAGGUAAUCAGUCCUUCUGUAUGUUUAUCCAGAAAUGGCAAUGUUUUUGUGUCUGGUGUCAAGAGGACUUCGCAACAUGUGGCCAUGGACAAUUAGGUAAAAGCCGGUAUCCAACAAUAUAUUUGAAUUGGCUGUGAAGUUGAGAAACCCAGUCUUAACAGGUCUUUCUGCCCUUCAAUGUUAGGUAGUUUUCACCAUGACCAAGGCUAUUAGUAUUGGUGAGACACAGUCUUCCAGUUGGUUUCCAUUUGCCUAUAUAUUUUUUAACUAUGUCUUAACUGUGUGUUUAUUAAGUAUGCAGUCUUCUGCUGCUUAAGCCAACUGGAGCUGUGUUGUGAAUUCCAGUAAAUGAGGGAUUGUAUUCAGAAUACCUCAGGAAUCCAUGCUUCUAUGAAGCGUUAAACUUCUUUAUAAAUCAAGUUUCAUACUUCCUAUGUGUAUUGUGUGCCAGUAGCAUUUUAUAAAUAAAAUUAUCUGCUGUAUC